GUGGCAGCAGCAGCAGCAGCAGCACCUCUGUGGGCACAGCACUUUGGACACCUUGACAUCAACAAACAAUACCUGAGCCCUACACGACCGACGAUACGCUCUUUUACGAGAUCCAGCUACACUGAGUGGUAUUGAUCACGGUUCGCCCACCCGUUACAGAUCGAUCAUCGAGGACCGUGCACCAAGAGUCGCUUUACACACGGACAGAGCUAUACCGAUUUAGCGACGACACCACAGUCGGCAACUGCGGUGCGAGAACCAUCCACUUCACGGACACGAUUUCCAAACGAGGAUACGCAAGUCUAUUCCCCAAAGGGCUCCCUCGUUUCUCGUCGACCUGCUCUCAGUUUCAAACGCGGGUUUACCUCUGUGGAUCAUUUAUACUUUCAUAGCGUACUACCGAGUACCGAACGACCGACCACUAGCACUGGCGCUGGCGCAACUGAAGACUCGACCUUACGGAUAGCAUUGACGAAGCUUGACUAAUCUCGUUCGUUCGUGUCUGUCUUGCUCUUGGAUAAACGAGUCGGAAUCACAUCAAGGCACCAUCGGGCAGCUCCGUUGGAAACGCUGAACAAGGAAGAAUAAUUAUCCCUACCAAAUUGAGAGGACACUCAACUAUCAUACAAAGCGCUACAGAACAAACAAACCGGAGUAUACGUUACAUACACCACAGACAAGGAUACACGCAUACACAGACGUACACAUAUAUAUAAACAAUGUCUAACCGCAGCGCAGCCAAGCGCCUAAUCAAAGAGCUCACGACCUGGAGCAACAUCGAGUCCAAAGAAGAGAAGGGCGUCGAGCGGUUAGGUCCCAUCAACGACGAUGAGUUGUUGAUUUGGGAGGCCGUGAUUAACGGGAAGGGGGUAGGUGGUGGUUAUGAUGAAGGCCGCUGGCUCCUCCACAUAACCCUCCCACCGACCUACCCCCUCCACCCACCAACCAUCAAAUUCAUCACCCCCAUCGUGCACGCCAACGUAGCCCUUACCACGGGGGAGAUCUGUCUGGACUUGCUCAAAGAAGCAUGGACGCCCGCUUACAGCGUUUUGGAGUGCGUGAGAGCCAUCAGGCUGUUGUUGAGCUGUCCAGGCAUUGACAGUCCGCUUAAUGUGGAUGUCGCGGCGCUUAUAAGGCAAGGGGAUCAUGUGGCGGCGAGAGGGCUGGUGGAGUUGUGGGUUGAGGAAGAGAGGUAUGAGGGGUCUUGAAAGAGUUGGGCAGAGGGCAGGGAUAGAGGUGUAGAAUGUACGGGAUGGAUGGAGGGGAGAAUGUAAAGAAAGGGUAUAGGGGGGGGGGGGGGGGGCUGGAUUGGAUAGCCGUGGGAUGGGAAAUAGACCAUUGGAUUUAUUUUGGCUAGUAGCUCAAGCGGGCUGUGGAAGCCUCUUACAUACGAAGAGCGCUUAUGAGUAUGUCAUGUGGCUCUGCUCCCUCCAGGCAACAGAUGAUAUUUCAUGUUUCCAGACCUUAUGUUGCUGUUGUAGCGAAUCUUCCAACAUGCCAGCCAACGCCUGUGGGCUUGGUAUAGAUCAUUCCUGAGAUAUACGCUUAGAUAUCAGGGGCAAGUGGUAUUGGUACUCGCCACAGCCACGUUGCUGCCAUGUAUGAACUUGUAGAGAUGCACAACAACUGGACACUUGUGCAGUGAC